CGUCAAUCUCAUCCGGACUAUUAAAGAACCCUUCCCCUUUCCCCCUCCCACCAACAUACUGACAACCUCACCACCUUCAAACCUGCCAACAUCCAUCCAUCCUCACAAUGAACGUCUUCGACGAACAACGCGGCCAAAUCGCCCUCUACGCCACCCCGGGUUCCAAAGACGCUGCGACGGUAGCUAUCAUUCUUGAAGAACUCCGCCUCCCCCACACCAUCCACCUCGUCUCCUCUUCCUCCGAAAUCCAAGACCCCAACAUCCCCGCAUCCCCCACCCUCCCCCUUAUGACAAACAUCUCCCGCCACGGCACCCACCACGUCUUCUCCGGCUUCGCCGAAAUAACCACCUACCUGCUCUCCUCGCACGACCAGCACAAACACAUCUCCUACGCGCAGGGCUCCAAAGAAGCCGAAGAAGUCGCUCGCUGGAUUUCCGUUGUGUCUACGACUGUUGCCGACAGUCAUAACCACCACAACAACCACGACGGAAAGGACAAGGGCCCUGAGGGAGACGAGGAAGUGCCGUUUGCGCGCAAGGCGCUGGGCUUGUAUCUAAGGCUUGAGCAGCAGCUUUCGACGGCUCGGACGAGAUUUUUGGUCGGGAGUAAAUGCACCCUCGCCGACCUAGCGGCCUUCCCGUACGUCGCAGCGGCGGGCUCAGUCGGGCUGGACCUGGAGCGGUUCCCGGAGCUGACGUCGUGGUUUGAUCGCGUUGCGACGCUGGGGUCGGUUGCGAAGGGGAUGGCUGCUGUUAAGCUGUCUGUUUAGCUUGCUUGCUUUCUGUAGAAGCUAAGUAGGUGUCUUGAGUAGGUGGUCAAUGAUGGGGUGGUUUGUGUUAUCGUGCAUCGUGUAUGUUAAGAUAUCCCAGUUCGGUUUUAAUUUAUUCAUUACUUCUUUA